AUGACUCCCCUCGCCCUGCUGCGCGCGUCCGCUCGCACCACCGCAUGCCGAUCGACGCUCGUGCGAUCCGCCUGGAGCGCCGGGAGCGUGGCGCCGAGGAAGGCGGGCGUGGCAGCGUUCAGCGUGAGCGCGCGGAAGGCAAGCGAGCAUAAGGAGGAGACGUUUGAGGAGUUUACUGCGAGGUACGAGAAGGAGUUCGAGGGUGUGCAGGAUGUGUUUGAGCUUCAGCGCAACCUGAACAACGCCUUCGCCUACGACCUCGUCCCCUCCCCCUCCGUCAUCACCGCUGCGUUGCAGGCGGCUCGCAGGCUGAAUGACUUCCCGACGGCCGUGAGAAUUUUCGAAGGCGUCAAGUCGAAGGUCGAGAACAAGGGCCAGUACGAGGAGUAUCUGAAGGAGUUGGAGCCGCUGCGGGAGGAGCUGGGCGUCGUGCUGAAGGAGGGCUUGUACCCGGAGUAG